GGGGCGGGGCAGGAAGCGCCCGCCGCGACCGGAUGCGGGGCAGCGGCGGGGCGGGGCGGGCGCGGCCGCAUCCGGGUCCUGGAGAUGCUGUCAGGGAGCCGGGCGGGGCGGGGCCGCGGUCGGGGGCGCCUCACGGAGCCGCGCAGCCUCGGGCCGCCCCAGGGGGACGCGCCGCCGCCGCCGCCACUGCUCCCCGCGGCGCCCCGGCCGCGCUCAGCGCUCGGCCUCGCAGCAGAUUUCUUAAACGUGUGAACAAUGGAGGAAGAGGCAAACCAAAUGCAAUCCCUGAAUGAAAAGGAGGUGCCAAACUCUGAAAGUGGCUGUGUGUGGCACGUCACCGAUAUGAAUCGACUACAUCGUUUCUUGUGUUUUGGUUCAGAAGGUGGUACUUACCAUGUCAAGGAGCAGAAGCUGGGCUUUGAAAGUGCAGAAGCUUUAAUAAGACUGAUUGAAGAGGGUAAAGGUUGUGAUGUUGUUCAAGAAAUAAAGACAUUCACUCAAGAAGGAAGAGCAGCAAAACAGGAGCCCCUGCUUUUUGCUCUUGCAGUUUGCUCACAGUGUUCUGAUGCAAAAACUAAACAAGCAGCAUUUAAAGCUGUUGCUGAAGUGUGUAACAUACCAACCCAUCUCUUUACUUUCAUCCAAUUUAAAAAAGAUCUGAAGGAGGGCAUGAGAUGUGGCAUUUGGGGCCGGGCACUGAGAAAAGCUGUUGCAGAUUGGUACAAUGGAAAGAAUGGCAUGGCUGUUGCUCUAGCAGUUACAAAAUACAAACAAAGAAGUGGUUGGUCUCAUAAAGAUCUUCUGAGGUUAUCCCAUCUGAAACCUGCCAGUGAAGGAAUUGCUAUAGUUACUAAAUAUAUCACCAAAGGGUGGAAAGAUGUCCAAGAGGCAUAUAAAGAUAAAGCAGUUUCUGCUGAGACUGAGAAACUUUUAAAGUAUCUGGAGGCUGUGGAGAAAGUGAAGCGCACAAAAGAUGAACUGGAAGUUACUCAUUUGAUAGAGGAAUAUGGUUUAGUUAGAGAGCAUCUUCUGACAAAUCAUCUGAAAUCUAAAGAAGUAUGGAAGGCGUUGCUGAAGGAGAUGUCCAUUCCUGUAGUGUUGAGAAAUUUAGGAAAGAUGACGGCGAAUUCAGUGCUUGAACCAGGAGGUUCAGAAGUAGCAAUAGUGUGUGAAAGACUGGGAAAUGAGAAAUUACUGAAAAAGGGUAGAAUACAUCCAUUCCAUAUUUUGGUUGCAUCAGAAACCUAUAAAGCUGGACAUGGAAGUAGAGGGAAACUUUGGUGGCGUCCUGAUGAAGACAUUUUAGCAGCCUUAGAUGCUACAUUUUACAAAACUUUCAAGACAGUUGAACCCACAGGAAAACGCUUCUUACUUGCGGUUGAUGUCAGUGCAUCAAUGACUCAAAAAGUUUUGGGCAGUGUGCUCAAUGCUAGUACAGUUGCUGCAGCAAUGUGUAUGGUUGUAGCACGUACCGAGAAGGAUUCCCAUAUAGUUGCCUUUUCACAUGAAAUGGUCCCCUGCCCAGUGACAGCUGAUAUGACAUUACCUCAAGUAUUAGUGAAAAUGUAUGAAAUUCCAAUGGGUACUACCGAUUGUUCCCUUCCAAUGAUAUGGGCUCAAAAGACACAGACACCUGCUGAUGUCUUUAUUGUAUUUACUGAUAAUGAGACCUUUGCUGGAAAUAUUCAUCCUGCAGCGGCUCUUAGGGAAUACAGGGAGAAAAUGGGUAUUCCUGCUAAACUGAUUGUUUGUGGAAUGACAUCAAAUGGUUUUACUAUCGCAGAUCCAGAUGACAGAGGCAUGUUGGAUAUAUGUGGCUUUGAUACAGGAGCUUUGGAUGUUAUUCGAAACUUCACUUUGGAUUUGAUUUAAUUUUCUAGGCAUCUGCUCUUCCCAGUGGGUCCAUUGCUGGCAACAGACUUCACCCUGGGAACUCCCAGCCAAAUAUGCUUUAUUAGAAUAUGGCACAGUAUAUACAUAUCAGAAUGUUACCCUUUAUAAAAAGGGAAGACAAGAAAAGCAGAUGAGAAAUCAUUUCUUCUUUUCCUGUUGCACACAGUUUAAAAUAACAGUGGGAAGCUUGCUAAAAGUAGCUGCAGGGUUACACACUAUAUAAUUUAAUUUCAUUUAUAAUAGCUUAUAAAUACAGAGGGACUUUAAAAAAAUUUUGUUUUUCCUCCUGUCACUUUGGAAUGCUUGUUUUCAAGAAUAAAUUGAUGAGUUACUCCUGGGAGGGGCAGGAAAGAAAAGUGAUUUAGUCUUUUAAUAAUGUCAGUUUAACAACAACUCAGUUGAGAGGGAUUUUUCUUUGGGCUUUUUUUAAUCUUUGUAUUUUAAACAAGUUACUAAGAUUCAGCAGUUUCCAUUGUUGUAUUUUGAAUCUAAAAAAGAAAUAUUUUCUGGCACAUGUGAGACCAUGUAACUGUGAUGCAGUAUAAAAGUUACCUGGUGGAAUUUUACAUUGAUAACACUGAAAGUAGAAGAACUUAUGCUAAUCUUUUCUAUUAGAAAGAUUAUUAUCUGGAUUUUCAGGAAUAAAAUUUAAUUCUUUUUUUAUAAAUUGAGGAACAGGUUCUGUACAAUGUAGUUUCAGAAGUGCUGUUAUAGAAUUGAUGUGCUUUGAAGGAAAUUUUACAGACUUAGUAGAGAAAGUGCUUUGAAAUGGCUGGGAAGCCACAUUCAUUCCGUGUUUCAACUUCAGGUAGCAUCAGUACACUUUCAGUGAGGAAGAUCAAGUGCAUGUGUCUUAGCCUACUCUUCAAAGUUAAGUGGUAACAACCAGAAACAAAUCAGUUUCAUUUUUCAAAAGGAUAAUGUAUUUAAUGAUACAGAAACAAUCUUCUUAAUGAGAGUAUUUCAUUUUUUAUCUCUUUAUAGAUUAAUAUUACUUCUAAUUUCUUAAUUUAAUUCAAUCUAACAUUUUUCAAAACUACCUCCAGUUUAUAGUGAGCAAUUCUUAAAAAUUUUUCUGAAAUGUACAGUUGCCUCCUUCAUGUUCUCAAAAUCUUGUUUAGGAAGAGAUCAAAACUGGAUUUUUUUUUUUUUUUAGUCUGAUAAUAAGAAGGUGAAUAAGGAGAAAGCUGGUGAAUUUCUUACCACUUUGGGACAGGAAUUGAUAGCAAUUCACGUGUAUGCGUAUUUAAGUGUGUGUGUGUUUGUGUGUGUGUGGUGGGAGUUAAAAGAUCUCUUUAAUGGAUCACAAACUUAGAAGAUGAGAGGGUUUUUUUUAGUGAUGUUUUUGCACAAUUCCCUAAGACAUAUAUAUGUCAGUCUUUUUUAUGCCAAUUCUGGCUCUUUUAAACACUGAAUUUGAUGUUAAUUUGAAAAUAACUAUAACUUAUGAAAAUAAGCCAAUUGUGGUAACUUACAUGAAGGACCAUUAUUUUCUGCUUAAAAAAAAACCCACCAGCUUUUAAAUGUAAAAUUCAAGUUCCUAUUAUACUUUUGAUACUUAGAAUACUUUUCAUUAUGUCUCGUACGUACUGACUGUAAAUUCCAAGCUUGUGUUCCGUAGGAUGGAUAUCUUUUUUGGUGCUAUCUAAAAUGCAAGAUUGCAUGUUGCUGAAGGUAUUGUGCUACAUACUCAUACCGUACCUUAACAAAUAAAUCAAAGCAGUGAGGGAAGCCUAGUCUGAUGUUAAUCUACAAAAACACUAUUGAGUUGUUUCAAAACCAUGGCUUAAAGAACUGAUGGUAGGAAUGUUAGCUUUCAGUGGAAAUGAAUGUCGUUACUUCUGAAUUGUCACUGCUAUUAAAACACAGCUGUGAUAGAAUGCUUGAAAAAUGCAGGACUACCAGGAACUUGUCAGGUAACAUCCAGAAAAAAACGUUCCUACAAAAACUGAGAAAUAGCACUUUGAGCUUGAAAAAGAAAAUUAGCUACUUUCUAUUAAAAGUUUUUACCAAUAUUAGUAUCCUUGCUAAUUAUGAAUAUGGUCACCAUGAAUAUGGCAAAUAAACUGACUUGAUCAAUAUAUGUUGGUAAUUAUUCCAAGUAAAUGCACUGAUGUUUCAGGAUUGUUUUUGGCAGUAAUGUGUUUUAAAUGACAAAAGGAUUAAAUUACUACCAAAAACAGUCUAGUUAGAUGUUUACUACUAAGCUAGACAUGUUGAAAAUAACAGGUAGAUAAGUAUCUUUUAUAAGUACUUUUUUUAUUUGAAGUAGUAUUUGUGGAGUAAUAGGUAUUAUUUUGGUCUAAAUAUGAAAUGAAAAACAGGUAUUCCAAGUAGCUUCAUGCAGUUUUUGCAUAAAUUUACUGCAAAUAAAAGUAUUAGAUUAGACUAAUUGCUAACCGAUUGAAGAGUAGAGUAGUGCUGCAUCUUUGAAAGCAGUCCAGUUUAAAUACAAAUCCUUGAACUAGAGUGAAAGUGACGGUGAAAAUUUCAGUAGAAGUUAUAGAAAAUGUAGCUCCCUGUAUCUAUUGACAUUGGAUAGCUCUGCCAUCUGUGUUACAAAUUGUAUCCUGUCGUCCAUGCUGGAGUGCAUAAUAUGCUCCUAAAUACUUACCAUAUUCUCUAAACUGAAAAAUACAGUUAUAGUAGAAUACUGUAUUCUAAAUGGUUUGGUUGUACUAAUGUAAAAUUAGCACCAAUGAGAUCAUGUUGUUUUCUGCUUCUUCCAGCUUUCCCACAGGUGGUUAAGUAGAAUUUGCUUCUUCCUUCUCAGAAAGAUAAAACAGAAGUCAUAAUUGCUCAUCUUUAUAUGGAUGUUUUCUGAGCUUCACAGACAUCAUAUAUGGCAGGAGUUGGGAACAGUGCAGAAUAGUUCAUAUUACCUGAAUCCUCUAAGGUUUCCACAUAGAGGAAAGACUGAAGUAAAUGCUAGCAGCUGACCCUUGUCUCCACUGUUUUCUAUCUGGUAUUGUUAUUACCCUACAGUAAGGAGCGUGGAAGAAAGAUGCUGCAUGUUCCUUUUCUGUAGACUGAAUCUUUUUCAUCUGUCCAUAUGUUGAGGCUUGGAGGAUAGUGUGACUCAUUUGCCAUAAAUUUGUCUUGGUUUUAGUCUUUAAUUAUUGAAAUUAAGCUGAUAUUUUCCAAAAUGAUAUAUGGACCUGUAAAGAGGCAAUAAUUACUGUAAUGUUAAAAAAAAAAAAAAACAAAAAAAAAGUGAGCUAGGGCAAAGUUGCUAAGCUUAAUAGUUAAUUCAGUGUAUCAUAAAGAACUUCUCCUUUCACCAGUCAGGAGACAAGACUCUUUCAAGUUAAUGUUUAAAGAUUGUGAUAAGUUUAUUCAAAACUAAAAAAUGUAGACAGGGUGAACACUGAUUUCCUGAUGUCUGACUGUCAGAAUUAUUAGGCUUUCAGUUUGACUUUCAUUUCACUGUGACCACAUUAACAAUUCUUACAGUCUUAGACAUAACAGUCUAAUACUGUUAAUGUUCAGGCACUUUAGUUCUAAGAAAAAAGAAAGGGAUGUAACAUUUAGAAGCAUAGUAGAGGUAUAAUGUCCAUCUGUAAUGAAGGCUGUAACUGAUGGACUUCAGAGGUCAGGUUUCUGCAUGGGAGUGAUAAAUCAAAAGUGUGGAGAAGCCAGACAGUACUCAAGGUUUCUUAAAAGUUGUGCAACACAUGCAUCAGCAUUGUGUAAUAAACUGAAUAAAGACUAAUAUUUUUGCCAAGGAUUAGAAUUUUGUGCCAGGUAUUUUGGACCUUUAACAAUGAAGAGGAGAGUUUGAGAUGCUUAUAGAACUUGAAUACAGGGAAAAUAGGGGUCUUUACAAUCCUGUGUGUUUCCAAAAAAAAAAAAAGCCGUUUAAAAAUAGGCUCGUUUUACAGUCAGCAGGGCCAGUCUGUUUAACUGGCCACUAUGUAAAGGACACUAAUAACUGGUCAUAAAACUUCUUGCUGCUUAAAACCACUGUUAAACCUUUUUGAUAAACAUAAUUAUUGGGCUUUUUUGGUUUGUUUGGGGGAUUUUUGUGGUUUUGUUUUUUGGGGGGGGUCCAUAAAUGGGUGUGUCUUUAAAAGGUCAGUAUUCAAUAAAGUAUAUAUUCUUGGCUUAAAAAGUACACGAACAGUUUUGGAAAUGUAUUUUAAUAAUGGCUCCGUUCUAGAAAACACUAGGAAAAUAUUUUUCUCCAAUGCAAAAAAUGCCAUGCUGCUUAAUGAUGCAUCUAACUGGUAGCUCAGAAGCAUUAUUAUUGGUUCCAGUUCUUUUAGCUCUUCUAUGACCUUUUGUCUUUGCCCUUUCUUUUCCUUACUGAUGUUGGAUUAUUUUUUUCCUUUCCCAUCUCCUUGACAUCUCUGCUUUAUACUAGAAUCUCUUUUCCCGUACAAACUCUUAUUUAUGCCUUUCAAUGCCUCUGUUCUUACUCUGCCUUGUGUUAUUGGGCAUGCUAGCUUAGCUAAGUAACUUGCACUAAAACUGACAUCAUAUUUAUCUUAAUUUUAAAAACUAGUUGAAGUUUUUCUUUUCUUUGAUUAUAUAAAUCUCUCAAAAAUAUUCAGUUUGCUGUAUCAAUCAAAUUUUUGGUAAAAUUAAGCAUGUAGAUCAGUCACAGUAGCAUAUUUUUUCCUGAAAAAUGUUUAUUUUAAAAAAAGUAUCUAAAUGGUUUUAUUCUUAUAAAAUAACCCUUUAGUAUUGGCUUGUGCAAAUUUAAAGCUUCUCUCUAGAAUUGGUUCAGUGGGUAGGAGCUUUCCAUUCUGUCAAAUGUGACCAAAUUGCUGUUAUUUAUAUACUUAGGGAAAUGUUUAAAUGGAUAUUCUUGAUAGAUGGGCAAAUUAUUUGCAGUAUUGGUUAGAGAAAAUUGUUAAAGAAUAGUAUGUAGAUACAAACCUGAGCAAAGACUCAUUUUUUUGUUUGUGCUUUUAGUGGUUUUAAUAGCAUUUCAUCAGUUUACAGGUUUAUUUAGCUAUUUGGAAUGGUUCACAGUGGACAAAUAUGCUUUAAGUAAAUUGUUUUAAGGGCUUUUUGGCUGGAAUAAAAGAUAUUUUAUCACAUCAUGAUACAGAAUAAUAUAGAACAUUGCUGAGUUAAGGGUUAUGGGGGAAAAUGCAAAUCAGUAGAACAAUGGUAUGUGCUUUGAGAGCUAAGAUUAAGGUUAGCCAAUUUCAGCAGGAGGUAUAGUGUCUUCAAAUAUGUGUGCAUCCAUUUGGAUUUAUAUUUCUGAUACCGUAAAGUGUGAUUUUUUUCUUUAGGUAUUUCUGCAUUCUGAAUUUAAGUUUAAAUAUAUAUAUAUGCAUUAUAUAUAUAUAUAUAUGGUACAUUAAGAACUUUUAAAAAUGCUUCCUUAAGAAAUUAAUGAAUAGAAAUAGUUGUUUUGCUAAUGUUACCAGCUGCUUAGUUAAGCACGAGUGACAAAUAAAAUGUCUAUUCUAUUACAUUCUCAUAUGAAAGUGCAGUUCUACUCUUAAAAAUAAUUCUGAAUUAAGAAGCAACAGAUCAGUGCAUUCACAACUCCAUUUGCUAAGUUAACUUGAGAUAUUUGUUUCCAGCUUCUCACACUUCUUAGAGGCAUGGUAUUUGUGCUGGAUGAGCACAUAUGUCUUAAAUAGCAUCAGUAUUAUAAAUUUAAUUCCUAUUACAGAAUCUUUUAGUGGGUAAUUUUUAGCAUUCAGAUCCCAAGUUGAAUCUGUGAAGGCAAACAUUAUUUUAAGAUUAACAGCUUUCUCUUGGCAACAUUGCUAAACAAAAAAAUAUGGAAAUCUUUUAAUGACAAUUUUUGAAUCCAUUUUUCAGAGUAGAAUCAUGCUUUAACUGCCGUAUCAUGUUUAAAUAACUUAAACAUAACAUGGCUUUUUGCCAUCCAAAAAUGAAGGCACUGUCUUGCUGCUACUUUCUAUGAAAUGGUACAAAGUUUAUGAGAAAACAUUUGGAUGGGGAGCCUUAAUAUGGUAGUAAUAAUAAUUAACCCUUUGAGUGCCUUAAGACAUAUCUUUCUUAAAUAAACAGGCACUCAUUAGUAUCUGCAGGCAUACAACAUGCUUCCUCAAUUGUUAAUGGAAAUUUGCCUUACGUGACAAUGCCCUGGAAUUUCUGAACUGUAGAACUCAAAGGGUUAUUUUAGACUACUGUUUGGGGUUUUUGUUUUUUUUAAAUGAGGAACAAAAUGAAAAGUGAAGUCUCUGAAAAAUUCCUUUGCAUGCUAUUAUUUUUUUUAACAUAAUGGAUUUACCAGCUUUCAAGUGCAAAAAUUAAUCUUCUGAGAAAACAUAACUGGCCUAAGAAUUCUACACAGAGAAAAAGAAUACUUGGUUACCAGCAUACGUGCAAAAUAAAUUGCUUUAGUAAUUAUGGAUUUAGGGAGAGAGAUACAUUUGUGUGUGUUUAACUUGAUGAGUGUGUCCUUGUAAACAAAUAAGGCAGUGAUGAAAUUAGCAAAAUGUAGUAAACUGCAAUAAUAAUGAUGUAACAGGGUCAGUGUGUUUAGUUAGCUCAUUACAUGUUAAAGAUGCACUGUGCAAAGAAUUUUAUAUUGAAGACUUUCUACAAGUUAAUGCAUUUAAAUUUGACACUUGCAUCACAGAAAUGAAUGAAUUUUUCAAAUUCAGAUGAUUUUCUUAAGAUUUUAGUUAUCUGAGCUGAAGGUAAAUUUGAUGCUUUAUUUCCUUGAGGAAAGAAAGUAGUUUGGAUGCAUGCAGUGCCCAAAACAAUGGAGACAACAGGAGCCCUAUUCACAAGUAGCGAAUAAAAGUGAAUUGACUAUAAAGUUCUUAUUCUUCAACUGUGCACCUUUAAUAGUGUAAUGGUCCCUUUUACAUAAGAAGGGAAUAUAUUUUCCUAUUUGCAUAUGAACAUUUUUAAGACACCAGUCUUGGCAUUGCCUGGUCUGGCUUUGGAUGUACAUUAUAUUGAAACAAUUGUGGGGUUGUUUUUUUUUUAUGUUUAACUCCAAGUGAAAAUUGCUAGUAAACUGCAUUCUGACUGUAGAAUUUAACUACGUAAUAAACUCUAUGCAUAUAAGACCCA